AUGGACGACUCAGUAUUCCCGGUAACAACGAGCAAGACCCCCGAAGUCCAAGACGCGCAACAAACCAUCAUCACCUCCUCUGAACCGACCGCACACACGGAGAAAGAUGAGCAUCAAACUUCCGAAGAAGCGACCCUUCCGACAGAGCUACCCGAUCCUGAAGAUCCCAGUCUUCUGCCCCCUUUAACCGAUCUCGACGACAGCAGUCUGUUCCCCUUGUUCAGCGAAAAUGGCGACCACGAGCGCGGCAACAACCAGACGCUUAUUGAAGAGCAUGAGAUGCGCCGGAAGCUGAUGGACAUGGAGUCGAGCUUUCUGCCGGAGCCCUCAACCAUUGACGUCGCUGCGACCGGCCGAACUGCCGGCGCUGAUGAUACCUAUUUAGUUGGAGUUGGAGGCUAUGAUCCCGAUACCACAGGAGUUACCGAAUCAUCACAAUUUUCUGUUAUGCCGCCGUCGGAGGACUUCCGAGACUAUGAACAGGAUCGAGAUGAAGCUGCUGGGGGGGAAGAGCAUGCCGCCGCGCAACCGAUACCUGCUGCGCAUACACAACACGCUAGCAACGAAAUCAUGCUUGAUUCGCUAGCAUCCUCUCCAUCAGCAGCAGCAACCUUCAGAAGUUUCCAGCGCAACCAAUCCACAUCUUCCGAAAACGCGCACGACCAGAGCCAGCUGUCCCAGGAUGAGCGGCCUUGGAGAUCCCAAUUUUCACUUGUUGAAAAUGAAUCGCAAUUGACCCCCUCCAAACUACGACAUGCCUCUCGCAGUGUCUCGCCGGGUCCGACGAGGCUUUUCAGUGACCAGAGUGGAAGCAUCGGGGGUAGCCGGAGAGGGAGCCGACCAAAGUAUCUUACUAGCCGUCAAUCUGCUCAGCGCCUUUCACACUCUUCUAUUACGAGCAACAACACCGAAACAACCCAUAGUGAUGCGACAUUGGGGGGUGCCGAUUUUGCGCUUCAAUCCGGUGGCGCAGCUUCUGAGAAUUGGGGCAGUCUCAAUGCUGGAUCCCGUAACCACAUGACACGCACGACGAGUCUCGGUAGCAUGGCGUCUGGUGUUUCAGGAUACAGUGAAGAGAAUGCACUCGAUAGACGGAUCGGGCCCGCAGAUGGAGGCCUGCAUACUCUUCAAGAGGAAAGCUCCCCGCAAUCAUCCCGUCAGACAACAGGACUUGAUGACGCCUCGACGCCUGUGACUCCGAAAGCCAAGCCUCGAGACAACAACCUCCCAACAGAUACGGCAAUUACAGAGCGUGUCAGGGGCAUUCAUGUUCCCACGAAUUUUGUCCAGAGAUUCCGAGAAGACUUCGCUGGCAACAUUGGGCCAUCCCCCGAGAAGCGGGCUGGAGCUUCAACGCCUGCCUUUGGACGAAGUGGCCGUACCAUGACACUGAAGGAACAGAGCAGCACUAUUGACCGCCUCUCGAAGGAAAACUUUGACCUUAAAAUGCGAAUUCAUUUCUUAAACGAGGCGUUGAACAAGCGCUCCGAAGAAGGCGUCAAGGAGAUGAUAUCGGAGAACGUCGAGCUCAAGUCAGACAAAUUGAAGCUUCAAAAAGAUAACCAAGGGCUGAAGCGCAAAAUUCGCGAUUUGGAGAAACAAAUAAAGGACCAGCAGUCUGACAAGGAUUCUAUGGUUAAUCAUGACCCUGAGGCAUCUGAGGAUGACCGUGACUCGGCCCAAGAUAGCGAGCUGAUUUUCCUUCGGGAACGGGUCGAAACCUAUGAGCUUGAGAUCGAGCGAAUGAGAUCAGAGAGCAUUGCCAGGGAGGGCGAGAAACGGCGACUGGCUGAGAUGGUCAAGACUCUUAGUGAGAACCGCACUGGGGGAUCAGAAACCGGUGCUAGAGAGGAACGGGACAUGUGGAAAGACAUGCUUGACGCAGAGACGGCAGCUCGUGAACAAGCCGAAGAAGAGAACCGACGACUACGGGAUGAGUCCAUUCGCCUGAAGAAUGAGAUCUAUACGUCCGCUGGUAAUCCCAAGCCGGGCCAUCGUGAACGAGACGGCUCUACAAUCUCAUAUGCAUCUGCGUCCGAUCGAGAUGGCAACCGAGGUGCUCUGAUGAGCGCAAGCACCAGUGGUAUUCUCGUUGAGCUGGAGCUUCUCAAGCAGGAGAAUGCUGAGCUAAGGAAGGAAGUCAGCGCGCAGACCUCGAUGCUUACAUCUCGCAACCGGGAAAAAGAACGGCUCUAUCAAGAGAUCGAAGAGUUGAAACUUGGGCAGCGACGGGAUGGGUCUCGAUCAGUGGCUGGAGACAGUAUCUUCGAUCGAUCAGUGUCUCGCGCCCAAAUGCGCCCAGGUUCUGAAGCUAGCGAAGGAACCGGAUCGCGAGAUAACAUGGACCGAGAUGAGCUUGAAGCGCGUAAUGGCCAGCUCCGUGACCAAGUUUCGACUCUCAAACUAGAGAAUCAAGCAAUUCGGGGCCAGCUUGAGGAUUAUAUCCGAGAGCUAGAGGCCCUCGACAAGGCCUACCAGGCCGAUGUGGACCAAGCCGAAGAGGAAAUGCAGGGUCUGCAGCAGGAGCGAGAUCAGGCUAUCCAGAUGGCGGAUGAACGUGACGCCGCCUUCCAAGAUCUCCGUGCUGAAGCCCAAGAAGAACUGGACGCCUUGGGCGAUGAGCUUGAUCAGAAAAUUAUCGAAUGUCAGCGGAUGAGCGAAGACUUGACAAAUCAAGACGAGAGCCUGAAGGUGUUGCAAUCGGAGAUGCGAUCGGCUAGCGAGGGCAUUAUUCGACUUGAGGAGGAUGCGCAGAAUAAUCUAGAGCGGUACAAGGCUGUCCAACAAGAGCUGGAAGAAGCCAACAGCGAGAUGGAGUCCCUGGAGAAGAGUUUGUUCGAGGCCAACACCAAAGUGCAGCGACUGACGGUGCAGUUCGAGUCGAGCCAGAACGAGAUUGCGUUCCUCCGGGAAGAACAAGAUGGUGACAAGAUUCGUAUUGGCGAUCUGGAGUCUGAGUUGAAGACGUACCAUAUGAGCCUGCACAGUGAAAAGGACAAGACGAGAGAGCUCGAGCAGCGGCUUGCGGACGAGCGCCACCAGCGGGAGGUUGUCGGCAGCAAGGAGAAGCAGGAAGUUCAACGUAUCAUGAAUGAAUUGAACCGGGAAGCCUCAGCCGCCAAGGAGGAAGUCAGACGGUUGAAAAAGAGCCUCUCAACCCAGGAGAUUGAGACAACCACCUGGCGAGAACGUUUGAUGGAUCUUGAAAACAACCUUCGAGAAACACUGGGUGAUCUGAGCGGCAGCCGGUCCAGCUUGAUCUCUAAUAUUAUGAAGCUCCAGAAGGAGCUCGAAUCUACAGCCCUUGAACUGGAGAGUGUACGUCAACAACUUGAUGAGAAGGAGACUCUGCUUCGGAACCGCGAUGCCCUCCUGGAGAGUCACGGCCUCGAGUCCCGCAAGUUGUCCGAGCUCCUGGAGCGUGAGCGGCAAGCGCGACGGGCAGACAAACAGUCCUUCGAGCAGUCUCUCAAGUCUCAUCAGCAAGCUUCGCGGACCAUCACACAGACCAACUCUCGUAUCACAGAUCUUGAGAAUGCUCGCAGCCAGGAUCGCAAGCGGUUCACAUCUCUUGAGCAGCAGUUCCGAGAUCAGCUCAGCGAGCGUAAUGCGCUAUUCCUCGCUAUCUGGAAACGACUCUCGACGAUAUGCGGUCCGGAUUGGGCCCAUUCGAACAGUCUGAUCAAUGGCAAUCUUCCAAGCCAGGAAGUCAUUGGCAACAUUUUAUUCUGGCCUGGUUUCAGUCGGAAUCUACUUCUCGCGAUCAAAACUGUCGAAAGCGUGAUUUCCGGAUUUAGGAUUCGCAUAAAGAGUGUCGAGCAUGACUUCUCUAAGCAAUACCAAAACCUCGAGAACUCUUUCAACCAACGAGUCCGAAGACUCGAGCGAGUUGAAGAAGCUGUCAAGAACCUACGGUCUGCACGUGGCUACUCGAGCUCAUCUUCCGAGGUGUCCAAGUUGCGUGGUGAAAACCGCCUCUUGAAGGCCGAAAUCAAUCUACUCCAGUCCAAUUCUCGAACCCACGGAUCAGCCUCGGCGGCAGCAGCGGCAGUGAUGGCGUCGGGUUCUCCGUCUCCGUCUCUUGGAUCCCCAGUAGAUGUAGAGCGCUCGUUGACUCGUCACAACUCGACUUCUGGAACCGGCGAGAAGCAGCGGUCAGAGAGGGGCUUGACACGGAGUUCGACCGGUCUGCCCCAACCGUCAAACUCCUCUUCUAGCAGCACAUUGACCAACAAUGCCGGGGCCAUGAUGCACCGCACGCGCAGCAAUGCAAGUGGCUGGGAAGGGGGUGACGAGAAAUGGAUCCACCGGCUUCACGAGCUGGAGAAGCGACUCAAGGCUGAACGAGAGGGUCGUCUCCUUGACCGUAGUGGGGCCCGGAAACGACUUGAGGAGCGCGAUGCUGAGAAUCAGAGACUCCGUGACCAACUUCUGCGAGAACGAACACGUCGAGGCCCGUCCGGCGCUAUCACCGAAGGGGAGCGCAACCGUGUGACAACCUCUGAUGAGGGCCCCAGCUCAAGUGAAGGAGAAGGCAUCACAGUGGACAUUGAAGUAUAA